AUGACAGCCCUACAGAUACCGCAGCACGUCGUUCUGAACGAGACUGUCCGUAUGCAGUGCAACUUCAACCUGGACAAAGAGCUAUUGUACUCGGUAAAAUGGUACAAAGAUGGCCACGAGUUUUAUCGUUACGUGCCCAGGGACGUGCCCAUGGUUCAGACCUUCCGUGUCCCCGGCGUGAACGUGAACAUACACAAUUCCACGGAGAUAUCGGUGGUACUGAACAACGUGAAUCUUACUAGCUCGGGGAGGUAUCGAUGCGAGGUCUCUGCCGAGGCGCCUGCCUUCCAAACCGUAUCCGAUCACGCGGACAUGACCGUAGUA